GCGGAGCGGGGAGGGUGAAGGGCCGGCGGCGGCGGCGGGGCCGGCGGUGCUCGCGGAUCGGGCGCCUUCUCCUCCGCAGCGGCAGAGGAGCUGAGCGUGACGGGUAGCAGGAAUACAGAAGCCGAAAGCAUGGAGACUGUAGUUGUUAAAGAUCCUCUUCCCAAAAAGUAUGUGUCUGGCUGUGCCUAAUAAGCUCUUCAGAGAUUUCCCAAUGACAGUGGUGGAAGAACUUAGUCGUGUACACACAGCAAAACACACAAGAGGAUUGCUAAAGCUAAAGUUUCUAAAGGGUCAGAAGAUGAAGCAAAAUAUUAAGGUCAUCCUACGAAUAACCACGCUGGAUACUGGAAUUGGAUAUCAAGGAUGGGCUUUAGAAAAACCGACCAGCGGAACGGCGCCGCAGCCGCGGCACCGGCGGCGCGCGGGCCCCGGGAUUUCCCGCGGGAACCGCUCGGCACGGAAGUGACGCGCGGGCGGGAAGCGACGGCGGCGGCGGGGCGGCCAUGGACAGCCGCCUGCAGGAGAUCCGCGAGCGGCAGAAGCUCCGCCGCCAGCUCCUGGCGCAGCAGCUGGGGGCCGAAAACGCGGACAGCAUCGGCGCCGUGCUCAACAGCAAGGAUGAGCAGCGGGAGAUCGCGGAAACCAGGGAGACCUGCAGGGCUGCUUAUGAUACUUCUGCACCAAAUGCAAAACGUAAAUAUCCAGAUGAGGGAGAAGCUGAUGAGGAAGAGAUUGAAGAAUAUAAGGAUGAAGUGGAGCUGCAGCAAGAUGAAGAAAAUCUGCCCUAUGAAGAAGAGAUUUACAAAGAUUCCAGUACCUUUCUGAAGGGCACUCAGAGCUUAAAUCCACACAAUGAUUACUGCCAGCACUUUGUGGAUACAGGACACAGACCCCAGAACUUCAUCAGAGACGUUGGCUUAGCAGAUAGGUUUGAAGAAUAUCCAAAACUUAGAGAGCUCAUCAGAUUGAAGGAUGAGCUGAUAUCUAAAUCUAACACUCCUCCCAUGUAUUUGCAAGCAGACUUGGAAGCCUUUGAUAUUAGGGAACUGAAGUCCAAAUUUGAUGUGAUUCUCCUGGAGCCACCACUGGAAGAAUAUUACCGAGAGACUGGCAUUACUGCCAAUGAAAAAUGCUGGACCUGGGAUGACAUCAUGAAAUUGGAAAUUGAAGAAAUUGCAGCCCCAAGGUCAUUUGUGUUUCUGUGGUGCGGCUCAGGCGAGGGUCUGGAUCUCGGCCGAGUGUGUCUACGCAAAUGGGGUUACAGAAGAUGUGAGGACAUUUGCUGGAUUAAAACAAAUAAGAACAACCCUGGCAAGACAAAGACUCUAGACCCCAAGGCUGUCUUCCAAAGAACCAAGGAGCACUGCCUCAUGGGCAUCAAGGGCACCGUGCGCCGCAGCACCGACGGGGACUUCAUCCACGCCAACGUCGACAUCGACCUCAUCAUCACCGAGGAGCCUGAAAUCGGCAACAUAGAGAAACCUGUGGAGAUUUUUCACAUCAUUGAGCAUUUCUGCCUUGGGCGACGGCGGCUUCACCUCUUUGGCAGAGACAGCACAAUUCGACCAGGUUGGCUGACAGUGGGACCUACCCUCACAAACAGCAACUUCAACGCGGAAACGUAUUCCUCGUAUUUCACGGCUCCCAAUUCCCACCUGACCGGCUGCACUGAGGAGAUCGAGAGGCUGCGGCCCAAGUCCCCGCCACCCAAGUCCAAGUCUGACCGGGGUGGGGGUGCUCCCAGGGGAGGAGGAAGAGGAGGGACUUCAGCAGGACGAGGAGAAAGGGGCAGGGAGAGGAACAGAACCAACUUCCGCGGUGAGCGGGGCGGCUUCAGAGGGGGCCGUGGAGGGACCCAUCGAGGGGGCUUCCCCACCCGUUGAGGAGGUGACGGCUGCUUCCCUGCCUACGCCUUGUCUGGGAAUCUUUCCCGUAGUCUUGUUUUUCCUACAGUGAAUUCCUCUGGGGACUCAAGCUAGGUGACUUUUACAAUUGUUUUUGGUGCACGCCGUUCCAGACAGUCGGCCUUGCACUCUGGCACAGCCCCUCACCUGGCCAUGUCCUGCAUGGGCAGCACUGAACUCGGAGCAGAGAGCACCAGCCCUUCACACCACAGCAGGAUGGAAAUGACCCCCGUGCUCUCCACUUAGGAACCGUGCAAGGUGGAGACUUAUUUUCAACUUCCAUUUUCUCCAAAACAUGGAUUCCUCCUCUGUUUUUGGAGGUUUGGGUUUGGACUGACUUGCAUUAAUAUGAUGGAGCGGGCAUGAAAUGCAGUUCUGAAUUGCAUGGCCACAGCAGACUUGCUGUCCUAUGGAAGAAAAAUUGAUGUGUCUGUAUUGACACCUAUUUUAACUUCUCUGAAACCAAGGAGCAAAUCAAAUAAAUAGAAUUCUAUUUUUUCUUAUUUGGUUUAAAUUUCCCAAAUUAUUCCUGGGAAUAGGAAAAGGUUAAUUUUUAAUUUGUGGUAUAUAUGCACUUCACCUGUCGUGUUAGUAGAGGGGAGAGUGAUAAUUCUGUGCAGCUGUGUGUUGUCCUUCCUGGAAAGCACCAAGUUGUGUAUUUAUGUGCAGCCCAGAAGCUGUGCACAGGUCUGGGUUAUUCCUCGAGUGGGGAUUUUCCCCCAGUGUGUGUCUGUAACACCUUGUUCUGUGGGAGGGAAGAGCAGUGUCACUGCAGAGCAUUCCCAGAGAUCCCAGUGUGAGUGUGUGAUCCGGACACAGGAGCACUGAUGGAGCCGAGUGCUGCCUUUGCCUGCAGGUGCUGCACACAUUUGAGAAUGGCUCUUGCUGCUCCAGUGCACUGUGGAAAGACAGUGACCCCCUUCCCUAUGUACAGUGUCCAUUCUUAGCAAAACCACAACUCUGAGCUUCUUGUGCAGUUCUUGGUAGGCUGAACAAACCUGGCUUUUGAUGUCUCAAGGUCUUAGGUGUGAGUUUUGAAAAACUGGUUAAGUCUGAAUGUUUCUCUUGAAGCCCAGCUUUUAGAUAAUUGUCCUGUAAAGUGGCAGAUUAUUAAACAUGUUUAUCAAAGCUGAUUUUAAACAUAUUUCUUAAUAUUUUGUGGGUUUAUUGUCCUUGAAAUUUUGGAAUUGCUAAGUGGUUUCCUUUGUGCUAUUGUAGACAGGAACUGUUCUUUUGGUUUUGAAGAUUUUGACAGGCUGGGAAACUCCCUGGCUUUGGUUGUGUUUAGCAGGGGAUUGCUGUAGUGCCAGUGGAAACUGCCUGUUGUUUACAGCUUGUUUCUUCCUCUGUCGUAUGUGCACAUCUGGAGAAUGACUGGAUUUGGGGAAAGGGAGUUUUAAAUGUGAUGUUUAUCUGGUCAUUGGUGAAGUCUGCCACAGGCUAUAUGGAAUGCAUCUGAGAGAAGGUAAAUGCCCUAGUAGGGACACCUUUUUUGUGACUUUUGCCUUAGUUAUGUUGUUAUUUGAAAAGUAAAGACACUUUACUUACAAC